CCAAGAGCUCAAGUUCCUCCGCCUAGCAGACAAGUUGGUUCCACGUUUUUUAAUGUGAAACAGAACUUGCAUCUUGUUUUGUUUUUUAACCCUGACAUUGUCAUCAAGAUGCAAAUGAACGGAAGCGCCGACAGAGAAAAUGGAGGGGAGGUCCCCCAUAUAGGUGGCUGGCACGGUGUCAGCCCCUCUGCUCUCCUGAACAUGAACCACUAUGCCAAUAAGAAGAGUGCAGCAGAGAGCAUGCUGGACGUGGCCCUGCUCAUGGCCAACGCCUCCCAGCUGAAGGCUGUCCUGGAGCAGGGCCCAGACUUCUCCUUGUACACUCCCCUCAUCACCCUCAUCAGCAUCUCCCUCAGCCUGCAGGUCACUGUGGGGGUCCUCCUCAUCUUCAUCGUGCGGUGGAACUUGAAUGACCAGAGUAAGCACUUCAGACUGAAUGUAAUGGAGAACCUUGCCACAGGCCUCAUCUUCAUCAUCGUAGUAGUCAACGUCUUCAUCACUGCCUUCGGAGUACAGAAACCCAAUCAGAAAGCCUGACCAGGACACGGACAGGCAUCACCACCCCCUUAGCUUCCAUUGGUAACCAUGGAAUCACGCAGACAGACCAUGAUCCAGAUAGUGACACACAGAUCCACUCUAUCCAGGACCAUAGAAAGAUCUAUAAACAUUCUGUAUAUAUAUUGCUCUCAUGCACUGUUUCUGGCUCUAACUCAGUGUAAUACCCCUGAGUUGGUUGGAGGAGGCAGUCUCUGGAAUGAAAAUAACAUCUGAAGGAUUUCAUAUUCAGAUGCGCAUCAUCAUCAUGGCUGCAGAUCUUUCUAAGUGGGACUAAUAGCUGUCUGUCUGUUAGGACUGGGAAUACUGGGAUUCAAACAGAACAAUCACUCUAGUGACACCCUCCCAACUCCCUGUAACACCUGCCCACCCCCUCACCCCUCCGAUCUGCCGCUCACCCCCUUAUACCCAUCCUGUCCCUCGCCCUCCCAUCCGCUCUUUGAUCUGGGUCUCUCUACAGACAGGAACAGAUAUGGAAACACAGAGCUCACUGAAGCAAAGCUGCUGAGAAUAGACACCAGGAAUCUGACUGCCACAGAGAAUCAUCAUCUACCAGACGUCACUCAUCUUCUAUCUCACUGUAACCAGUAUGGGUACUAGAGGAGAUUCCAUAGAGGAGAAAUACACAUCUUCACUUGAACUGCAGAAUACUAACCACACCUGUCCGGAAGUGUAAAGCUGCUCUGGCACUUGUGAUCAUCUUCAUAGCAGUUCAUUUCAUCAUCCUCUUUGUCUUCCCCGCAGAUGUCUCUGGACUAGGUCAGGAGUGCCCUCUAGUGGUAUUGUUGGUGCCAUUGCAAUGAUGUGAGAUCUUCGUAUUACAUUGUCAGGUUACCACUCACAGAUCUACCUCCUGCUCUGGUAACGAAUUAAUGUAAUGUGUAAGUGUGUUAUUUGUGUAAACCAAUCACAUUUUUGUGUGAAGUUUUGUAUUGUAUCCCACCCCUGAUUUACUUCCAAACAAGUCACACCAAAAUUAAAUGUUAAAAAGUAGAGCUGUUACUAACACUAGCAGUGUUUUAGCAUGUGUGUA